AUGUCUUCGAGAGCACUGACAGCAGUCCUCGUCUUCUGUCUCCUGUCCGCCUCACCGUCUGUCGCCAUCUCCACGCAAACGGAGCCCCAAGCACCACCCGCAGAUGGCGGUGGCGCAUGCGGAGGCCCCGCCGUCGGAGGCAAAUGCCACAGCGUCGCCAGCGCGCUGCGCCUGAAGCUGAUCGCCAUCCCGUCGAUCCUCCUGGCCAGCGUGCUGGGCGUGUGCCUGCCGCUCUUCUCCCGCUCCGUGCCCGCGCUCCGCCCCGACGGCAACCUCUUCGUGGUCGUCAAGGCCUUCGCGUCGGGGGUCAUCCUCGGCACGGGCUACAUGCACGUGCUGCCGGACUCCUUCAACGACCUCACCUCGCCCUGCCUGCCCCGGAGGCCCUGGGCGGAGUUCCCCUUCACGGCGUUCGUCGCCAUGCUCGCCGCCGUGUUCACGCUCAUGGUGGACUCGCUCAUGCUCUCGUUCCACGGCCGGGGCAAGGGCAAGGGCAAGAGCAGCGCUGCGGUCGCGCACCAUGGCCAUGCUCACAGCCCUCCGCCGCAGGUGCACUGUCACGGGCACGGGCAUCUCGACGUGAGCGAGGCGAGGCCGGAGGCUGCGGACAAGGUCGCCGAGGACGACGACGUGGAGGCCGGCAAGUUGCGCAGGAACCGUGUCAUUGUUCAGGUAACCGAUCGAUCUUGUUGCACGAUGGCCUUGAUAGUCUUCCGCCGUUCAUUGCUGCUGAUCUUCGCGUACGUCAACCUCGAUCGUCAGGUCCUAGAGAUGGGCAUCGUGGUGCACUCGGUGGUGAUCGGCCUCGGCAUGGGCGCGUCGCAGAACGUGUGCACGAUCCGCCCCCUCGUGGCGGCGCUCUGCUUCCACCAGCUCUUCGAGGGCAUGGGCCUCGGCGGCUGCAUCCUGCAGGCGGAGUACGGCGCCAGGAUGAAGUCGGGGCUGGUGUUCUUCUUCUCCACCACGACGCCGUUCGGGAUCGCGCUGGGGCUGGCGCUCACCAAGGUGUACAGCGACACCAGCCCCACGGCGCUGAUCGUCGUCGGGCUGCUGAACGCGGCGUCGGCGGGGCUGCUCCACUACAUGGCGCUCGUCGACCUCCUCGCCGCCGACUUCAUGGGGCACAAGCUGCAGAGUAGCCUCAGGCUCCAGCUCGUCUCCUUCCUGGCCGUGCUCCUCGGCGCCGGCGGCAUGUCCGUCAUGGCCAUGUGGGCGUGA